ACAUCGAUACGUUACAAUUGCACAUCGCUAAUUCCGUCUUUUUGGGUCUUCUUUCCUAUUCAAGAUGGUGAAUGUACCAAAACAACGUCGCACUUUCUGCAAGAAGUGCAAGGUUCACAAGCUGCACAAGGUGACCCAGUACAAGAAGUCCAAGGAGCGCAAGGGUGCUCAGGGCCGUAGGCGUUACGACAGGAAACAGCAAGGUUUCGGUGGUCAAACCAAGCCCAUCUUCAGGAAGAAGGCUAAGACCACCAAGAAAAUUGUGCUGCGUAUGGAGUGCACCGAAUGCAAGUACCGCAAGCAGACGCCCCUCAAGCGUUGCAAGCACUUCGAGCUGGGUGGCGAUAAGAAGCGCAAGGGACAAAUGAUUCAGUUCUAAGCCAACCGCCGCCUCCAUUUUUAUAACUGAAGAAGUGUUUUUAAGUUGUUUUCAUCGACUGCUAUUGUGUUUUACAACACCAGCCCAGCCAAUAACGCAUUGUAAGUGUUUAUUAAGGCGGGUUGUGUGUCUGUGUGCAACAAGUGGAAAAUAAAACAAAUUGUAGACGUAAA